AAGGCCGCCGCGCGCGCGUUGGGAGUCAGUCAGCGUUCGCGCACGAAUGCGACGAUACGGACGGCCGUCGUGGCGGGUUCUUACUCGGCGCCGCGCUCACCGGAGCAGCUCGUUGGAGAAGCAGAGCUGACGACGUUCCCUCGGAGCGAUACGGCCAGAAGACGCGCGGCGGAAGACGUCCGGUAGCCACGGUCGAUCCAUCGACUCGUCUUUCUUUCUCUCUCUUUCUCUCUCUCUCUCUCUCUCUCUCUCUCGCUCUCUCGCUCUCUCUCUCUCUCUCUCGCUCUCACGCGCGGUCCGUCCGUCCCAACGGGAACGUCGAGCAGCGGGAACAUCGAGAACCAACACCGAGGAGCGUCCUCCGGAAGGCGCACCACCGGCCAACCGCGACGACAGGGACUGUGACCUCCUUCCGCGCUGUAUUCUCGCGGCGGUCCGACGGCAGGCGGACGAUUCGAAGAGCACAUAAGGAGAUAAUCACGAGCCCACUGACAAAGUACGAGCAUAAUACGCAGUACGUACCCGCGGUCUCAAGGUGGAUCGUCCGUUUUCCCGACGUUCGGCGAAGCGCAGGUGUUAGAUCAUCGGGUGAUUUGACGACGUGUUCGCCGAAGACAGCACCGUGAAUAAACAAGCUGAAUGAGGCUGAUGGAACCCUUGGGUGUCGCGCAGGACAUCGUGGAGCCGGCUGUGCUGAAACGAUGGGCCGAUUAUCCCGUUCAAUACCGCUACACGGACUACUCCGAGUCGAUGAGAGAGACGGCACAUCACGCUAUAAGCCCUUUCCCUUGUCAGCCGUCGCUUAACAACAAGCUCGCGCUAUGGACUGGAGACAUUUCGAUUUUACAAGUAGACGCGAUAGUGAACUCCACCAACGAGACGAUGGACGAUAACAGUCCUAUGUGCCAAAAAAUGUUUAGCCGAGCUGGUUCCGCGCUCAAAAUAGAGAUAUAUAACGAUGUAAAAGAAUGCAGAACCGGCGAAGUAAGAGUAACACAGGGUCACGGAUUACCUGCUCGUUUUAUUAUUCAUACUGUUGGACCAGUUUAUAACGUGAAGUAUCAAACAGCUGCGCAAAACACACUACACUGUUGCUACAGGAACGUCCUGCAGAAGGUGAAGGAAAUGGGAUUACGCACCGUCGCCUUGCCAGUGAUAAACUCGGUGAGGAGGAAUUACCCUCCGGACGCGGGAGCUCACAUAGCCCUCAGGACCGUGCGCAGAUUCAUGGAGCAAUACAGCGACUCGUUAACGUGUAUUAUAUUUGUCCUGGAGCCGUGCGACCUCGGGAUAUACGAGGUGCUUCUGCCGCUUUAUUUCCCGCGGAACCUGGCGGAGCAGGACAACGCUUGCUGGCAGUUGCCGAGCGACAUCGGCGGUCCCGACGGGGAGCCUUUACUUCCGGAUAGACAAAUUAGAAUUAUUGACAAUCCUCAGCACGCUCUGCACGGUGACGAAACGGUAGAGCUCUCGGCGCAAUUGGAGACUUCAGUGAACAUCGGCGAGCACGCUUUCGCGCAGAUGCAAGGCGACCUGGACCGCCAAAGACUCCUGGGCGAGAGACCCCCCGCCGAUCCGUUGGCGGACAUCAUGUUCAAGCAAAUGCAGCAGAAAGAGAGGUACGAGAGGCUUCUCAGGCGGGCGAAGACGGAGGAUCUGACCGAGAUCUCGGGGAUCGGCUGCUUGUAUCAGAGCGGUGUGGACCGACAGGGCCGACCGGUGAUCGUGUUCGUUGGCAAAUGGUUCCCAGCCAGCAAAAUCAAUUUGGACAAGGCCUUGCUAUACCUCAUACAAUUGUUGGAUCCAAUCGUCAAGGGUGACUACGUGAUCGCGUAUUUCCACACUCUUACGGCCAGCAGCAAUUACCCCAGUUUACAUUGGCUGCGCGAAGUCUACAACGUGCUUCCCUACAAAUACAAGAAGAACCUCAAGCAUUUCUACAUUAUCCACCCUACCUUUUGGACCAAGAUGAUGACGUGGUGGUUCACGACCUUCAUGGCGCCGGCUAUUAAGCAGAAGGUUCACAAUCUGCCCGGAGUGGAGUAUCUUUACGAAAUGAUGCCGCCUGACCAACUCGAGAUUCCCGCAUACAUCACAGAGUACGACAUGACGAUAAACGGUCUGAGGUAUUAUCAACCGGAGCAGGUCUCGCCCGCGCCGUCGACGUCCACGUAACUCGCAGGUGAACAUCAGGACGAAGGCAGCAGCGAGGCGUCAAGUACGAGGCCAGAUCGGGUGUUUCGCGCGUUCGCAUUGUUGACUAUUCGCAUAGCCACGGUGACAGCGGUGCGUCGCUUGAGCGCGUGGGCGAGCGUAUGCGCGAGACUCGCGACCGUCGGCGCGCCGUCCCGUCGCUUGUCAACCAUGACGAUAAGACGAAGAGCGCGACGUUGUCUGGACGUGAUAAGCCGUGUCUUCGAGAAGGCAGUCCGACUCCGCGUUACUCCACCGAAGUCGAUUUGUCCAAGUGCCUCCGAGUGAUGGACCGCUUUCGAGCAAGACGAAGGACGAGAGAAAGGGAGAGAAAGGAGCAGAUAAAGAGAGAAAGAGAGAUGCAAAGGGACGAUCGAUCGGCCGUAUGCGCAGGAACGUUAACGCAAAGUAAUCAAGAAACCACUGCCCGCGCCUGCUUUCGACGUCGACCGGUUCCCCCGAACUCGCACGCGUGCGUCCCCCAAGAAAGCACGAGGAGAAGACGAAGAAGAGAGACGGCAAAGGUGCAUGACGGCAAUGUCGGUACUGCGAUUACCGCAAUCCGUGGAUGAGAUAGACAGAUCGAGAGGAGAGGCUGGAGUAUCGACUGAUGCGCGUUACUGCUCGAAGUGCUCGAAACAGCGUGCACUCAUCUCAUCCCAUAAUAAUAGAGCUAACAAAUUAUUAUUCGCUUAGAGCGAACAUUGGCUGCCAAAACAUCUACAAAUAAUCCGUAUUUUCGCCGCCGCCGCCGCCGCCGCCGCCGCCGCCGCCGCUGCCGCCGCCGCUGCCGCCGCCGCCGUCGUUGUCGUCGUCGUCGUCGACGCCGACGUCGACACCGAUGUCGUCGUCGUCGUCGUCAUCGUCGGCGCCGCUUGUAACACGAAAAAGAUACGAGGCUAAAAUAUUAAUCUCGCCCCCUUGUACAUAUUGCGCUAUUCGUGGCAGAUUAUUAGUUUAGUACUGUGAGAGCGGUAGAAGGGAUCGCAGAGGAAAGAAAAGGAGGAAAGGAAAAAGAAGAAGAAGAAGAAGAAGAAGAAGAAGAGAAAGAGAAAGAAGGAGAGGAGUUAUCUGACGACGCGUCAUUAGGAUAUAAACAUCGGCUUAGGUAUACAGGACCGUCGAUCGCUUUCUGUUAUUUUCGUAUGACGAUCGUUAUACAGCGAAGAGCAUGUGACUACUUGAUUAUUGUAUAUCGUCAAUAUUUUAUUAAACCACGUGUCGUGUCGUUGAGAGACGAAGCUGUCGCGCCGCGUCUCGCCCGCGCACGCGCCCCUACGCAGCCGCGCGGUGUAUUUUCGAUAGAUAGCGAAUGUUGCUCGACGGCGGAGAUAAAAAAACCGCCGGAGACCACGAGAACGCGGAGAGCAGCUGGAUCUUACUGUGAUGUCACAUGUCUUCGGCGCUCGGCGGCGAUUCGAUUUACAGGGAUAAUUUUAAGCCGCGCUCUCACGAGUUCCCCCGUCGACCUGUCAUCGCCGUCGCCGUCGCCGUCGCCGUCGUCGUCGUCGUCGUCGUCGUCGUCGUCGUCGACGGCCUCGACCUCGGCCUCGACACGCGGGGAAGCGCGACACGCGGGUGAGACACGCGUGCGAAGGGAAAUGUUCGACUUUCGGCGCCGAGCGCCGGGGUCGUACGUAUCGGACAGUUCUAGAUUAGAAGAAGCAAUAAAACCCAAGAGCUUGCUCUCGCGAUGUAUCUCGGGAGGUAAAAAGAAAAACAAAAGAAAAAAAAAAGAAGUCGUUAUCGCCCCCUCCCCCGGCCCCCCCCUACAACCCUCUGCCCCGCGCGCCCCGUUGUUAAGCGUUUUUAGCGAGUAAAAAGA